GACACUUAUCUUUAUUAAAUACAAUUUUUUUUAGUUGAAAAAUGAAAUUUUAGAAAUUUUCAAACAUGAAUAUUUUUAUUAUUGCAUUGUUGAUAACUGUUGCAAAUGCAAAAUUUUCAGACUGGCUUAUCACAGAUAUUGAUAUUAAAACAACAUUAGUGAAUGGUAUUGAUGGAACUUUGGUUCUUAGCAAUGGCUUAAUUACAAGAACCUUUAUGACAAGUCCAGGAUUUACUACUGUUGAAUAUUAUUCCCAUGAAAAAAAAUCAUCUAUUUUGCGUGCCCUAAAUCCUGAAGCCAUAAUUGGGCUAGAUGGCAAAGUUUACGCAGUUGGUGAAGUAAAAACUGAUAUACCUAGAGGUUAUUUAAAUCGCACAGCUUUGAAAGAGAAUUUACAUGCUUCGCCUGAAAGUUUUCAAUAUGUUGGAUACAAGAUAUCUGAUCCUGUUGCGCCAUAUCAUUAUACUCCAAUGCGCGGUGCUCCAAAAAACAUCUCAUGGCCACCAAAAGGGUUAAGACUUGAUGUUUUCUUUCGUGCUCCAGUAUUUACACCUUAUUAUCACCAAUUUGUAUCAGUUUGUGUUCAUUAUGAAAUGUAUGAUGGGAUACCUUUAAUGUCUAAAUGGGUAUCAGUAUAUGGAGAACCAGUUGCCCAAGAAAAUGUUAAAGUUUCUAUUUAUUCAGUUGAAGUACUUUCUGUUAAUCAACAAUGGACUCAGGAGUCGUUCUGGGAUGGGCCUUAUAAUGCAUAUAGUUGGUUUUACAUUGAAACUGAUCAAACACAUGGUACAAAUAUUCAAUGGACUAUUGACCCACACGAAGAUGAACUUCCUGGAUCUUUUGAGCCUAUGUUUAAUGCUACUUAUGAUGUUUCUAUUACUAAGUCUGUUCCUUGUGUUAUGCUUACUGCAGAUGGUUUUCGAUCUUUUCAUGUUCAUGAAUUGGCCAUUGGAUCAAGUGAUGAAACAAGAAAAGCAUUAUCAAGACAUAGAAUGUUUAGACUUUUAGCUCCUCAAGCACAAGAAAAUCCGAUCUUUUUUCACUUGACUCAAACAGAUGAUCAAUCAUUCAAGAAUGCUGUUGAUCAAUUAGCUGAAGUUGGAUUUGAAAUGAUCAUUUACAGUUUUUGGUCUGGAUUUAAUUUCGAAUCAAAAAAUGAAUCUUACAUUCAAAUGAUUAAAAAACAAGUUGAAUAUGCAAACAGUAAAGGAAUUGAGGUUGGCGGCUAUGACUUGAUUGUAUUGGAUCGGGGUGAUUUGUUACCUGAGUACAAAAUUGUUGACUUAAACAAUAAAACAUUAGGUGAUGCAUGUCUUGCAUCAGAGUGGUAUGAUCAACUCUACAGUAUGUUUAUGGAGUUCAUUGAUAAAACUGGACUGACGAUGGUUGAAACAGAUGGUCCAUAUGGAGGUGAUGCGUGUGCAUCAAAAAGUCAUCUGCAUCAUGUAGGUUAUGAGGAUUCUGUGUACAAACAAACAUUUUUACAAGGAGAAUUUUUUAAGGAGCUACGUAGGAGGAACAUUUAUAUCAAUCAGCCAGAUGACUAUUGGUAUCAAGGUGGUAGUCGAACAGGUCUUGGUUACAACGAAAACCAAUAUUCUCUUCCACGUUGGGAAGAUUUAAGUAUCAGUCGCCAAAGUUUGUUCGACAGAAUAUACAACUAUAUUCCAACUGCAGGGUGGAUGUUUCUUCCGCUUGUUGAUUACCAUGGUGGAGGAGCUGAAGCUGCAUUUGAACCUUUGAACCAGAAUAUAGUAGCUUACCAGUUUGGAUUAGCUCAGUAUCUAGGUGCUGGUGUAGCGGCAUGCUAUCGUGGUUACAGAAUAUAUGAUACAAAUGAAACAAAAGCUAUGGUUACAAAAUGGGUUUCGUUUUACAAGAAAUAUCGUGAUAUUAUUACAAGCGACAUCGUCCGCGUUAGGCGACCUGAUAUGCAAUCAAUUGACUCCUAUAUGCAUGUGAAUUAUCGACUUAAUGACAAAGGUUUAGUGAUGGUUUUUAAUCCAACUACAGAGACUCAGUCAAUGCUUCUUACUUUACCAUUAUACUAUACUGGGAUAAGCGAGGUAGCCAUUAUUUCGGAGAAAGAUGAAAAUCCUGAACCAUAUACAUUGGAUAAAGGGUGGGAAGUUGAAAUCAUGGUUGAACUCCCACCUUUAGAGAUAACGUGGUACGUUAUACGAGACUCCACAAAGAAUAAUUAAUUUUCACAACAAAACAUUUUUUUCUGUUAGUAAUAAAUAAUUAAUAAUUCAUAAGAAAACAUUUUAUAGAAAGCAGUAAAAACAUAAUUUUUUAAAGUAUAUGCAGUUUUGUAUAAUAUAUGCAUAAUUUUUUAUAAUAUACUCAUAAUUUUGUGUAAUAUAUGCAUAGCUUUUUUUUCAUAAUGUAUUUAUAAUUUUGUAUAAUAUAUGCAGUUUUGCAAUUGACUUAAAAUGUUUGAUCCAUUUUUUAGUAAGUUAA